AUGGACCUGGCUACGACCCCAGGAAUGCCACCACCGAGUGGCAAGGAAUCACAUUUUCAUGAGCCCUAUAACUCGUUGCAAUUAGGGACUGUGAUUGCCUUUGGGGUCACCUAUCUCAUUGCCACAAUAUUCCUUGCUCUUCGUUACUUCCAGGCUUUUAAGCUGAUCAAGAAGAUUGAAAUAGAUUUGAUCACUAUCACGAUAUCCUAUGGCAUUGCGCUGGUCUAUUUUGUGACUAUGGUCAACUUAAUGAAUUAUGGUUGGGGAAAGCACAUGUGGAAUGUUAACCUGGAAGAUCUCAUGGAGUUCAACAAAAGGCUGCUCGUCAAUACCUUGACUUAUUUGAUAUGUCCAUGCAUUACCAAGAUGGCGAUUCUGUCUGUCUUAUAUCAAAUCAAUCCCGCAAAGAUGUACCGCUACCUUGUCGUGGCGGUCGCAGUAGCGAUCUUUGCAUACACUCUGACCUUAUGCAUCAUCGCCGGAGGACCGUGUAAUCCUCUUCAUGCAGGAACUACAGUAUGCCUAGAGAACGUUGCCUUAUCUCAGGCAGUUCUGAACAUUGCCUCUGAUUUAGCUGUGAUCGUCAUUCCGAUCCCCACGAUCCACAGUCUUCAUUUUUCAACGAAACAAAAAGUCACGGUGGGCUGCCUGUUGGCUCUGGGAUCUGGUGUCAUCGUCUGCUCAAUAGCUCGCCUGCCAUACGUUUUGCUCCUCGGCAAAACUGCCGAUACAACAUAUACCGAAGCAAUCCUAGGAGUAUGGUCCCUUGUUGAGGUCAAUCUUGGCAUCAUCUGCGCCUGCGCAAUGCGGUUCAAGCGCCUGAUAGCUAUAUAUCUACCGCGGCUUUCCCUAUUCUCGUCCCGCUCGCGCGGUACUACAAAACUCACAGAGGAUACCCCUGUGGACAGGUUCCAGCCCAAGAAUAUUGGAGGGCAGCACUCGUAUCAGCUGCACAGCAUCCAUGGUGAGAAUGCCGAUCGAUUUACCGGCACUAAAGAUAUCUCCGUCCACCAAUCGUUCAAAAUGGAUGAAGAGCACACGCACGUGUAUCGCGGGGACAAUGAUAGUGCUGACAAAAUUCUGGGUUGA